AUGGCGGAUCAAAAUUGGACGUUCUCUCAACAAUCGGGUGCAACAUGGAACUCCAUCGUGGGUCACGCGGUUUCUCAGCCGAUUGCCGUCGCUGGCGCUGUUCCACAGGACAUUCAGAUUUCGCCGAAAUCCGAAUCUCUUGGACCGUCUGCAGGUGUAAUGCAAAUGCAGAUUGUGGAUAAUAUAUGUGGAUCGCCGACAACAACGUCGUACAACGAUUUGCCGACGCAAGUCUCCUAUGACAACAGCGAUUCCAAGGAUGAGUCGUUUAACAAUGGGUCUUCGUUUGGGACUAUACCUAUUCCGAUUCCUACUGAGAAUCAGACUCAAGGGACUCCUGAUUUCCAGAUGACUCCCUUCUUGACGCAAGGUGGAAUUGUGCUUGGCGGUACUCCAUCGGGACCAUAUGGAUGUGGAUCAUGGAAUGCGGUGUACACUGGCCCCAUAUUUCAGCCUUCAUCGGACAACGGAAUGCCUCAAGAAUAUCCAACUCGUGAGCCUGCGAAUGCUCCGUUAUCGUCAUCGCCACCAUCAUACACGGUGUUUCCGAAUGUCAUGAAUUUGACAAACGCAUUCUCCGGAAUGGGUCUUGGAGGGAAUUCGACUUUUGGCGCUCCACGAGAGCCGGUUGUUUCUCAACAGCCGCCCCUUUCGAAUGGUGAUACUAUCGCGUCAUUACCUGGAAAUGGCAACGGAAUCUACUUUGGAAAUGGAAAUCAGAGUUUCUUUGGUGGGGGUCCUCCAGCACCAGCUACGAAUGGAAUCGGAGAUUGGGCUCCACCGCAAAGAACAUUCGUCUACCCGCCACAAUCGACUCCAAACCCACCAGCGCAACAGCAGCCGCAGCAGCAACAAAACUUCAAUUCCAACAAUGGAGGCGCUGGAAGCAGACGGCGAAACAAUGAUGCUGAUCAAGGAUUCAUCAGCAUCAAUCAGGAUGUGAAGCCGACAUUCCAUCAUUCGAAUGGCACCGGACUACAUCGCAGCUUGCUUUUGGACGACUUCCGUUCGAACCGCACCAACAACCUCCAGCUCACCGAUAUUUCCACCAAUGUCAUCGAGUUUGCCAAGGAUCAGCACGGAUCUCGCUUCAUUCAGCAGAAACUUGAAAGAGCUUCUCAAAGAGAUAAAGCGGUGAUCUUUAAGCCAGUUUUGGAGAACGCUGAAGAGUUAAUGACGGACGUCUUCGGAAACUACGUCAUCCAGAAAUUCUUCGAAUAUGGAACUGCUGACCAAAGACAGGCGCUCGUUGAGGCGAUUCGCGGAAACGUGAUGAAACUCGCAUUGCAAAUGUAUGGAUGUCGCGUGAUUCAAAAAGCGUUAGAAUAUGUCGAAGAACGCUACCAAUACGAGAUUCUCGCCGAAAUGGAAGGACAGGUUUUGAAAUGCGUCAAAGACCAAAAUGGCAAUCACGUAAUUCAAAAAGUGAUUGAACGCGUCGAACCCGAACGCCUUCAAUUCAUUAUCGACGCUUUUACUCAAAACAGUUCUGAUAAUGUCUACACGUUGUCCAUCCAUCCAUAUGGUUGCCGUGUCAUCCAGCGUGUCUUAGAAUACUGCAAUGAGGAUCAGAAGCGUCCGGUUCUCGAUGCGCUUCAUGAGCACCUUCACAUGCUUGUCCUCGAUCAAUAUGGAAACUAUGUUAUUCAGCACGUGAUUGAGCAUGGAAGUCAAGCGGAUAAAGAUCGAAUUGUUAAGGAGGCAAGACUGAUCUCUGAGGACUUGUUGAAGUUUGCUCAACAUAAGUUCGCCUCGAAUGUCAUUGAGAAGUGCCUCACAUUUGGAAUGCAUUCGCAGAAGAACUUGCUAAUUGAGAAAGUCUGCGGAGCGCCCAACGACCCAUCGCCGCCAUUGUUGCAAAUGAUGAAGGAUCCGUUCGCCAACUAUGUCGUUCAAAAAAUGCUUGACGUGGCUGAUGCGCAGCACCGAAAGAAGAUCACCAUGACGAUCAAGCCGCAUAUUGCAACAUUGCGCAAAUACAAUUUUGGCAAACAUAUACUCGUGAAACUGGAAAAGUACUUCUCAAAGCAGACAACACAGGGAAUGCUCAAUCAUCCACCAUCUCAAAUCUAUGACCACAAUCCCUAUGAUAUUCCACUUGGGGGAGACUUUACCAAUCACCAUCAGCCAAGCAUCCAUUACUAG